UUUUGUAAUUCUGAUUGUAUUGUGAUUCUAUCCGUGCGUCUGUACAUAGGUACUGACUUCAGUGACUUGUGAUUCUGCCUUAAUAGCACCGGUUUGGGCUAUAGUGGAGGCUUCGUUGUGACAUUCGUCUAGCCUUUUCAUUAGUACGCGCGUGUCCUAUUUCCAAUGCGUCUAUUUGAACUCCGCUGUACGUCCAUGUUUAUCCAAAAGGUCGUUGUCUCCCUGAUCAACCCGCCCAAAGCAAUCCCUCAAAACAAGGCAGUGAAUGUUACGCUAUAUCCAAUCAUCAUUGUCUCGGCUCAUAAACUCGAUCCAGUCUGUUGGUCGUACCCACGCUCACCUAAACUUCUGGCUGGGCCACUCCGUCUGACCCGAUCACCUUGCCAACAUCCCAAGCCCUCUUCUCCCCAGCCUUGGACCAUUGCACACUUUCCGCAGACUUUUCAUCUGCACCACUCGCACGCUGUAUUUGCUCGUCUGCAAAACCGGCGUCUUUUAGACGUUGCUCCUGAUUUUGUCGCAGCUUUUGGCGGUCUCUAAACGCCUCAACAGCAUCAUCCCAGUCAUUGCCAACCUCAUCUUCAUCCAUUUGUAUGUCAGUCUUGGGAUCGUAUGUGUCUGAAAACCGUCGAUCGAUACCCGAGGACCCUCCCACUGUUCCUCGACCCCGGUAUUUCGGGGGCGGUGCGGGUCCCAUCAGAUCUUCCAUGGCAUCCGAUCCCUCUUCUUCCUCUUUCUUCCGCUUGCGGUCCUCAUUCUUUUCCAGAGGCAAUCGAUGUCGAUGCCAACUCCUAGAUUCCCUGGGCGAUCGAGACCGUCGUCGGCUUGAAGGUGAUCUAGACCUGUCUCUCCGUUUAUGACUGCGACGAUGAUGCCCUUCUUCUUCGGAAGCUCUGUCUCUGCUCCGUGAUCUAUCGCGCCGUCUGUGAUCCCUUCGUGACCUAUCCGACCGUCUCGAUUCAUCGUCAGUCUUACCGCGACGAUCGUCGCGCGACAGUCGACCCUGUCGCCGCCGCUCGCUGCGUUUAUCUGUAAAAAGGUCGUCUGAUUUCUGGUCAUGUUCGCGUUCCUGCUUUCGAUCCUUGUCGGUACGUUGCGAAUUUCUCCUUGAAGAAGGCCCAGCCUCAUCUUCAUUUCUUGGUCGUUUCUUGCCGCCUAGGAUGGCAUGAAUAUCGCCCAUCUGGCGCCGUCGAAUAUCAUGGACACUCGGGUUUGUCUUGCGCCGCUUGAUUUCUUCCGUGCGCUCGAGAUCCUUGAGCCGUGCCUUGGACUCGGCGGCCUCUUUGGCUAGCAGCGCCUUGUUGUGAUUGUCGGUAUCCUUUAUAAUGUGUCGUAGAAAUCGGGUGUUGGGUUUCAUCAUAUUCGCAGGUCUGAAGCCACGUCAGCAACAGACUUGCCAGAAUUGGUGGGUGUAUGUAUUACUUCUUAUUCGUGCGAUAUGCUUCCAUACCCAUGGCUGAAUAUUUGAGAGAGCAGUCGCUUGCCUCUUGCGCCAAGAGGUCCGCAACAUAAUCAUCGGUUAAAAUUUCGUCGUUCUUUGACAUCGUUGAUCGGGUUCGAGAGCUCAGGAGACGCGCCAGUCGCAAGAUAUGUAUAUCGCCCCGAAAUUGCGCCAAAAAGAGGUUGUAAGUUGAGGUUGCAACUCUUGUGUUUGGCUAGAAGUGCUAUGCAUUGAUGUUUCGAAGUAAACAUAUCCGCGUCCAACUAAACACAAUCAACUUUCUAUCACGAACCUAAUAAUUGGUCUUAUUGUGUCACGGUAUUCCCGUCCUCUACUCAUAAUGAGUCAGCCAAACCCAGAAAAGGUUCUUGAAACCCUGAACAAACUUCAGUCAUCACAAGAAAUCUCAAUUAUAAAACUAAGUGAACCCAUCUCAAGCUCAAGGCCUCAAGAUGCCCGGCAACGAACAUCAGAUGCAUCAAAUUCAGCCUUUGACGCGCCAACUCCCGCAGGCCUAACAGCCGAUCUAGCACACUAUAAGGAACUCUUCGCCAAACUGCGCUUUUCAUAUGUGCAACAAGUCACAAAGGAAAAGUUCAUCCGAGCCAUUGUCGGCGACCCACCAAUGAUUGUCACAAUGGAAGAGAAUCUGGAGCUUGAAAAGGAAAACGCCGUUGCCAAGAAGCAACUCAAAGAGCUAAAGACAGAAGUGGCGGAUAUGGUGGCAGAUCUUGAGAGGAGAGGUAUCGAGCUUAGCCAGAAGUACGAGAAUGUGCAACUUGAAUCGGCAAAGCUGCGUGAGAUGCCUACAAAGAUCGAGGAUUUGGAAAUGCGAAUUGAAAAAUUACGCACAGAACUAGAGACCCCAGAAGGAUCCGCCCCCAGCAUGAAUCUGCCUCUAGCCAAAACUCAGGAUCUUGUCAACCAACGCAAGCUCGAACAGCAGGAACUCGCGCGAGAGCUGGAGUCCUUACAAGCCAAGGUCCCUCGGAAGAGAAAGGAGGCUGAAAGACUUCGUGUUGAACUGCAGCCUCUUGAGAACAAGCGCCAAAAUAGCGCGACUGCUGCGCGUGAGGCGAGGAGGAGAAAGGAGGCCGCUUUGGGUGGUGCAGCGGAUGACCUGGAGGAGAGAGCUCGCUGGUGGAGAGCGAGCGAGGGUGUGUUGACACAAGUUUUGGAUAUCAAGAAUUAAGAGAUGCGAACAUGAAUGAAGAUAUGAGAUAUCACGAUAGGGUCAGCGUUGUGAGCAUAUGGGACACGGAAUAGGGGUAGGGGCGUUUAGCAUUUUUGAUGCUACCUGGCCCUUGUUAUUGCCUUGGCAGGGUGGCUCUUUUCAUCAUUUAAUGUCGAAAUUCUACGGCACGUUCUCUGCGACUGUAUACAAUGUAACUUGCGACAUGCACUGAUGCAAACAGGUGCCUUUAGCGUGAAGCCUCGAUCAGGUUUUUACAGUAUCAUGUAGUCAACCAUACCGGAACUACACUCCCAUUAGAAAUUGAGGUGCUUUCUUGAAAACUAUCAUGCUUCAAUAUAACG